CCAGGGCUGGGAGAGAGGACCAGGCACCUGAACACUGGGAUCUGCAGCUUCUACUCGCCUAGAGCUCCUCAGCACCGAGAGGGAGCCCCAGUCAUGAAGAGGUUUCUCCUGGCCACCUGUCUGGUGACUGUGCUGCUGCAGGAGGCAGGUGCAAUUCCAGCACACCAGGUCCCUGUCAAAACCAAAGGCAACCAUGUGAUCCUUGAGCAGGAAACAGAGAAGGCCUUGGGUACCAAACUCACGGAGCCCCUGGAAAAGGACAACCAGCUGGGGCCAUGGCUGCCUGUGCCCAAGCAGAAGUUUGCAGCUGCUGAGGAAAAGCAUUCAGACGCUGCGACCUUGGUGGAGACUGAAGAAGACAUUCUGAGCCGUUUUCGGAACCCUCGUCAUGGUCCAGAACCAGAUCUCGACAGCAUUGACCAUCCGACAUACGAGGAGGUCCAGGAUGAGGAAGUGCCCCAGACGUGGCCCCUGAUGUAUCGUCAGGUGCUCCAGGGGCCAGAGGAGGACCUUGACCACAUCUCCCACUCCCUGGAGGACUCCGAAGAACCUUAACCACUCUCUCAGUCCUGUCCUGAGGCCCAGGCUGUUGUGACCACUGACUCUCCCCAGCUAGCAAAAAUAAACACCUGCAAACAGGUGGAA